GGCUGGGAGUUGCGGGAGCCCGGUGCUGGUGGCUGGGAGGGGAGGAAGACUGCUGGCCCUGCUCCACCCGCCCUAAGCGUGGCCUCUGUCAGCCCCGUGCUGGGACUCAUAACUGCUGGCGGAUGGGUUUAUUGACUUUAUUGCUGACAGCUUUGCCUGGGUGGUUUGUUUUCCUUUUAAGCCAGCUCUGCAUGUUUGUGUGUGUCAGGUGCAAUCCCAGUGUGUCUCUCCCCCAUACUGGCUUGAAAAUGGGCUGUCUGGGGAAUCACAGCACCAGUGUGACAGAUGUAGGUUGGGGGGCCUUGCUGCUGCCGAGGUUGUGUGUAAGGGGACCCUGUGCUGAGGGUCACCCAUGCCCUGCUGAAGCUCCCCGGGUCUGGGGGAGCAGCACUGCCAUCCCAAAGCAGUUGUCUGCAAAGAUGGUAUUUGCUCUUGGAGGUGACGUGAUGGGGGUGAGUGUCUCUGAGCCUGGCAUAGCUGCGUUUGUGGGGGAGCAGAAAUCAGCCCUUCUGUGAGCACGUCCCAUGUGAGACGGGCUGCCUUCGGCUUUGCGUGGUGAGAUGAAGCUGCACCAGGAGGUGUGCUCCUGGCUUUCAGGCUCCUUAAAACUCCUCCAGUGCAGACCUCGGUCGCUGCUCGGUGGGACGCUGUGGCCAUGCAUCCCUCUACAACAUAGCUGAGCAUCCUACAGCCAUCCAAGGCCCUGGACAUCUUGGUGUGACAGCCAGAAAGGGAAACCUCCCAGGUGGCAAUGAGGAAUGUAUGGGUGUGGGACAGGUGAACCCAGCCCUCAGCCAAAAUGGCUCGGAAGUAUGUGAGAGCGCGCCGCCUGCCGCGGGAGGGGACCACACGCAUGCUAGCCGGCCUGCACCCCGCCUGCCCUGAGCCAUGCUGUAAGGUGGGGGCAGCCCAGCUGGCCAGCCAGCAGCGGGAGCCAUGGCCCAGUCUCGAGCCAAUGGCUCGCACUACGCCCUGACGGCGAUAGGGCUGGGGAUGCUCGUCCUCGGCAUCAUCAUGGCAGUCUGGAACCUCGUCCCUGGCUUCGGCCCCACGGAUAAACCCACCACCCACGCUGGGAACAGCAGCAAGCCCGACCGCGGCACCGGUGGCAUUUUGAAGAGCAAGACCUUCUCGGUGGCGUACGUGUUGGUGGGGGCGGGCGUGCUGCUGCUGCUCCUCUCCAUCUGCUUGAAUAUCCGGGACAAGAAGAGGCAAAGCGAAGAUAUCGCUCAUGUGCAGCACCAACCGUCUGCAGAGCCCUCACACCAGGAGGACAGUCAAGAAGAGGAUGAAGAUGUGUCUUCCCAGUACUACGUCCCCAGCUACGAGGAGGUGAUGAACUCAGGCUACUCAGAGCCCAGAGACUCGGACAGGAGCAACAGGAUCAGCGUCUCCCUGCCCUCCUACGAAUCGCUGACGGGACUCGAGGAGAGCAGCCAGGCGCCCGGAGCUGCCGGCGCAGAGCCCAGCCCGGAGCGGCAGUCCAGCCGGCACAGCUCGCGCCUCAGCAAGCGCCUGAAGCCGCUCAAGGUCCGCAGGAUCAAGUCGGAGAAGCUGCACCUGAAGGACAUCAGGCUAAACCUCGCAGAGGGGAACAGCACCGCCCCUAUCACGAUAGAGCCGCUGACCCCCCCGCCCAAGUACGAGGAGAUCCAGGAGAAAGCGCCAGAGAGGCAGCAAAUAACUUAAGGACA